GGAGGGGGGAAAACCUACUUACCCAAGCUCCUUCGUCUCUCACGCGCUCUCCCUUCUCCGCGUUCUCCCCAGCCCUCUCUCGUUCUUCUUCUGCAACGCCGACGCCGGAGUCGGCUCCCCUUUUUCUUUUACCAACUCCCGCCGCUCCCUAAUUCCUUUCCUGCACGUGCCGACGCUGUUGGUACUCUCUCGAUCGUGCCGCCGCCGCCACCGCCGCCUCCCUCAUUGGAGUUUGCACUGUUUUUCUAUUCUCUUGUUACCGGUUCAGUUUCUUGUCUGCCGUCGAAAUGGCGAAAGAGGAAUUUAGGGUGUACAAUUCGAUGACGCAGCAAAAGGAAGUAUUCACCACGAAGGAGCCUGGUAAGGUUGGCAUGUACGUCUGUGGCAUCACAGCCUAUGAUUUCAGCCAUAUCGGCCAUGCCCGUGCCGCUGUCAACUUUGACGUCCUCUACAGAUAUCUGAUGCACCUGGGAUAUGAAGUUACUUAUGUGCGGAACUUUACUGAUGUCGAUGACAAGAUAAUUCGACGGGCAAAUGAGUCAGGGGAGAAUCCACUGUCAUUAAGUGAACGCUUUUGCCAGGAAUAUCUUGCUGACAUGGAUGAUCUUCAGUGCCUAUCUCCAACACACCAACCUCGUGUGUCAGAUCACUUGGAACAAAUUAAGGACAUGAUAACUCAGAUUAUAAAUAAUGAAUAUGGCUAUGUGGUUGAUGGAGACGUGUUCUUUUCUGUGGAAAAAUUUCCAAAUUAUGGCCAAUUGUCAGGACAAAAACUUGAAAAUCAUAGAGCAGGUGAACGGGUUGCUGUAGAUCCAAGAAAGCGUAGUCCUUUUGACUUUGCAUUGUGGAAGGCUGCAAAACCUGGUGAGCCAAGUUGGGAAAGUCCGUGGGGUCAUGGAAGACCAGGAUGGCAUAUAGAAUGCAGUGCUAUGAGUGCUCAUUAUCUUACUUUUAAGUUUGAUAUCCAUGGAGGUGGCAUUGAUUUGAUCUUUCCACAUCAUGAAAACGAGGUCGCACAAAGCUGUGCUGCCUGCCAAGAGAGUAAAAUCAGUUAUUGGAUGCACAAUGGGCAUGUUACAAAUAAUAAUGAAAAGAUGUCCAAAUCACUGGGUAACUUUUUCACCAUUCGCCAGAUUACGGAAAGGUAUCAUCCAUUAGUUUUGAGACACUUUUUAAUAAGUGCUCACUAUCGGUCUCCUCUCAACUACACUGUCUCCCAGUUGGAUAGUGCAUCAGAUACUAUUUAUUAUAUAUACCAGACUUUCCAAGAUUGUGAAGAUGCUUUAUUACAACAUCAAGGGGAAAUCCUGACUGAGGGUUUGGGAAAAACAGCCAAAAAAGAUCCUGUUUCCUCUGCUGCUGAAGAAUGCAUCAAUAAUCUACGCUCCGAAUUUCAAACUAGAAUGGCAGAUGACUUGAACACGGCACAUAUAUUGACUGGAGCUUUCCAGGAAGCUCUGAAGUUCAUAAAUAGUACUUUAACCUCGCUGAAGAAGAAGCAACCAAAGAAACAACAGCUCUCAAUGAUUCAGGCCCUUAUCAGUGUGAAGAAGGAAUUGCGAGAAGUUCUAGAUGUUCUAGGAUUACUAUCCUCUUCUACUUCCUCUGAAGUUUUGCAGCAGUUGAAAGACAAAGCAGUUAAGAGGGCAGGCAUGGUGGAAGAUGAUAUACUGAAAUUGAUCGACGAUAGAACACAAGCAAGGAAAAACAAAGAUUUUGCGAGAAGUGACCAAAUCCGAGCCGACCUAUCUGCCUUGGGCAUAGCUCUCAUGGAUGUUGGCAAAGAGACCGUCUGGAGACCGUGUGUUCCUGUAGAACUGGCACCACCGCCUCCUCCGUCUGAAGAGAACAAGUCUACUCCAUUGGCCGAGAAAAAACCAACAGAGCAGCAGGUUGCUCAGCCACCAGCAGUUGAACAGAACAAGGCAGCUCAAGAACAAACAGUACAGGAUGCUCAGCCACAUGAGGAAAAUAAGGCGACCGUGCCCGUCUGAUGUUGCAUCCGCUUUGUUGAGGAGAGGGAUGAAGGAUGAGAUUUACAUUACAUUGUUGGCCAGUUGUAAACACUCGUUGGCCCUUAAUAUAGAAACCUGAAGGAUUUUGGAAGAGCAUGUGUAGCAUACAGGUAUGAACUCUACUUCCAUUUACUUUAAUUUUUGUGAACUGUGAUACCGAGAGAAAUUUUUAUCUUAUACGGCUGUUUUGGGGACCAAAAAUUAAUCCCAGCUGACUGCCUGUUGGGUUUUUCAUUUGAAAUAUUUGAUUAUGAACCAAGAAGGAGACUGGAUUGCUCAA